GUGCGCAGUAAAGGGCCGCGCUGACGGGGGUGGCGAGGCGGUCCCUUCGAUCGUGGUUAGUUCGCUUUCUCGUGGAGAGUGAGGGCGGUUGGGAAGCCGGCUGCCGAGCCUCCCUCGGGGAGAUGCCCUUUGCUUCUCAGAUGUAAUGCACUUUAUUAUUCAGCAGUGAAAAUGAGUCAUACAGAGGUUAAAUUAAAAAUACCUUUUGGAAAUAAAUUAUUGGAUGCUGUUUGUUUGGUACCUAAUAAGAACAUAGCGUAUGGGAUAAUUCUUACACAUGGAGCAUCAGGAGACAUGAAUCUUCCUCAUUUGAUGUCACUGGCAUCCCAUCUUGCAUCUCACGGUUUUUUUUGCCUAAGAUUUACUUGUAAAGGCCUUAAUAUUGUUCAUAGAAUUAAGGCAUAUAAAGCAGUUUUGAAUUACCUGAGGACCUCGGGAGAAUACAAACUUGCAGGUGUCUUCCUUGGAGGUCGUUCAAUGGGCUCAAGAGCAGCUGCUUCUGUGAUGUGCCAUGUUGAGCCAGAUGAUGCUGACGAUUUUGUCCGCGGUCUCAUUUGCAUUUCUUACCCACUGCACCACCCAAAGCAGCAGCAUAAACUCCGAGAUGAAGACCUGUUCCGGAUCAAAGACCCUGUGCUCUUCGUGUCAGGCUCAGCGGAUGAGAUGUGUGAAAAGAACUUGUUGGAGAAAGUGGCCCAGAAAAUGCAAGCUCCCAGUAAGAUCCACUGGGUUGAGAAGGCAAAUCAUUCCAUGGCAGUGAAAGGACGGUCAACAAAUGAUGUUUUCAAGGAAAUAAACACACAGAUUUUGUUUUGGAUCCAAGAAAUUACUGAAAUGGAUAAGAAGUAAAUAUCAUGUGUUAAAAGCCAUGUUAUUUUGAAUUCAAGUACAGUUCAUUUGAUAAAGAACAAUUUACUUCUCAGCAUUGUGAGAUAUAUUUCAGACUAAUGUUCUUUAAUGUUGCCCUAUUUUUGAAACACAUUUUAAUUGUAAAAUUAAUAUCCUUUACAAAAUGUCUUUUGAAAGCACUGUUAUAGUUAUAUGAAGAUGAUGUACAAAUAUUGAAGGUUGUCUAUAAUUUAUUUUCGUUAGUA